AUGAAUACAACAAAAGAAUUUUCAAUAUUUGUACUUCCAUCGCAACAGGAAACGAUCAUUGAUUAUACAUUUGAGAAAAUUAUUGAUUUUAAUACAACCAUCACUAUGCCAUCGAAUCAUACUGAUUUUUAUCGUUUGGUUAUACGAUGUUUCAGUUUAUAUGCACUUGUACUUGUUAUUAUUGGAACAUUAGGUAAUUUAUUAACAAUAAUUAUAUUAUGCCGUCAAAAUUUAAGACGUUAUGUUACAAUGAGAUAUUUAAUUGCUGUUAGUGUGUGUGAUAUUAUAGCAUUAUAUGGUUGGAAUUUAAAUAAUUUUUAUAAAUUUACAAUAAGUAGUACCAAUACUAAUUUAGAAGAAAUAUCUUUAGUACAUUGCCGAGUUGUAUCAUAUUUAGCAUUUGUUGGUUUACAAUUAUCAAGCUGGUGUUUAGCAGCUGUUAGUUUAGAUCGCUGUUUAAGUCUUUAUUUUCUAACAUGGAAACAAAACUGUGGUAAAUUAUCACGUACAAAAUAUCAUAUAGGUAUAUUAACGAUAUUUUGUUUACUAUUAAAUUCUCAUAUAUUAUUUUUAAAUGGUUAUCGUAAUGGUCCACCAAAUUAUGAAGUUAAAUGUUAUGCAACACGAACUAAUAAUUAUUAUAUAUUUCCUCAAUGGGAACGUGUUCAUUUAGUCGCGUAUAAUUUAUUUCCAUUCAUAAUAAUGCUAUCAUGUAAUAUCUAUAUAAUAUAUAUAACAAUUCGAUCGGCUCGUGUUCGUGCAAUAAGAAAACCGAGUACAUUUGGAACUAAUAUACGUUCAAAUGCAUCUCGUCAUCGACAAUUAUCAUUAAUGUUAAUGAUUGUAACAUUUGCAUUUGUAUUAUUAACACUACCAUCAUGUAUUUAUUUUGUUUUUUUUCGUCAUCGAAUGUCAACACAAAAAUAUUCUCGUAGUUUUCGUCAUAUGGUACAGAUAUGUUUAAAUAGUAUACAAUUUACAUCACAUGCAAUAAAUUUCUUUUUAUAUUGUUUUUCGGCAACGAAUUUUCGUAAUGAAUUACGUGAUUUUAUAACAGAAAUCUGUUUUUAUCGAUCAAAUGGAUUUAAAUUAAAUAAAUCAUCAACAACAACAAGAACAAUCAAAUUAACAACAUUUCGUAGAAAUAAUCGAAAUAAAAAGACAUUUAAUACUGAUUUCAUAUCGGAAUAUCAACAAACAGGACACCAAUAUCUAUUAAAAGAAGCACAAAUAACAUUAAAUAAUGAAGAUUUACAACAAAGUCGUAACUAUGAUGAUCGUAGCAUUUCGAAUAAUACAAGUUAA